AGCGGCGUUGAUUGGGUGCAAGAACAAGGGUUGCGCGUGCGCGGCGCUCCGCCUUCUGCCCAAAUUGAUCGCUUCCUUGAGUGAGCAGUAACAACAUGUCAGGGUGGGAAUCUUACUACAAAAAUCAGGGUGAUGAGGAAGAAGAAGAACAAGAAGAGGGCCUUGAAGCAGGUGGAGAUUAUUCAUAUUCAGGAAGAGAUAGUUUGAUUUUCUUGGUUGAUGCUUCCAGAGCCAUGUUUGAAUCUCAGGAUGAAGAUGAGUUGACUCCUUUUGACAUGAGCAUCCAGUGUAUUCGGAGCGUAUACACCAAUAAGAUCAUAAGCAGUGAUCGAGAUCUCUUGGCAGUGGUGUUCUAUGGUACCAAGAAGGACAAAAAUUCAGUGAAUUUCAAAAAUAUUUACGUCUUACAGGAAUUAGAUAAUCCAGGUGCUAAACGAGUGCAGGAGCUUGACAAGUUUAAGGGGCAGGAGGGGAAGAAAUAUUUCCAAGACCAAAUUGGCCAUGGAUCUGAUUACUCCUUAAGUGAAGUGCUAUGGGUCUGUGCCAACCUCUUCAGCGACGUCCAGUUCAAGAUGAGCCAUAAGAGGAUCAUGCUUUUCACCAAUGAAGAUGACCCCCACGGUGAUGACAGUGCCAAAGCCAGCCGGGCCAGGACCAAGGCUGGGGAUCUCCGGGACACAGGUAUCUUCCUUGACUUGAUGCACCUAAAGAAACGUGGAGGCUUCGACAUAUCCUUGUUUUACAGAGAUAUUAUCAGCGUAGCAGAGGAUGAGGACAUAGGGAUUCACUUUGAGGAGUCUAGCAAGCUUGAAAACCUGUUGAGGAAGGUUCGCGCCAAGGAGACCAGGAAGCGUGUGCUCUACAGGUUGAAGCUUAAACUCAACAAAGAUGUAGCACUCACUGUUGGCAUUUAUAAUAUGGUCCAGAAGGCUUACAGACCUUCUCCAGUGAGGCUUUAUCGUGAAACCAAUGAACCAGUGAAAACCAAGACCCGGACAUUUAAUGUAAAUACAGGCAGUUUGCUUUUGCCUAGUGACACCAAGAGGUCUCAGAUCUAUGGGUGUCGCCAGAUUGUAUUAGAGAAGGAGGAAACAGAAGAGCUCAAGCGGUUUGAUGACCCAGGUUUGAUUCUCAUUGGUUUCAAGCCCUUGAUGAUGCUAAAGAAGCACCAUUACCUGAGGCCCUCGCUGUUCGUGUACCCCGAGGAGUCCCUGAUAAAUGGGAGCUCAGCCCUGUUCAGUGUUCUGCUCACCAAGUGCCUGGAGAAGGAGGUCAUGGCCGUGUGCAGAUACACACCGCGCCAGAACAUCCCGCCUUGUUUUGUGGCCUUGGUGCCACAGGAAGAGGAGCUGGAUGACCAGAAAAUUCAGGUGGCUCCCCCAGGCUUCCAGCUCGUCUUCUUGCCCUAUGCUGAUGACAAACGGAAGGUGCCCUUUACCGAAAAAGUCAUGGCCAACCCAGAGCAGGUAGACAAGAUGAAGGCUAUUGUUCAGAAGCUCCGCUUCAAGUACAGAUGUGACAGCUUUGAGAACCCAGUCUUGCAGCAGCACUUCAGGAACAUGGAAGCCUUGGCGCUGGAUUUGAUGGAGCCUGAGCAAGCAGUGGACCUGACAUUGCCCAAGACUGAAGUAAUGGAUAAAAGACUGGGCUCCCUCGUGGAUGAGUUUAAGGAACUUGUCUACCCACCAGAUUAUAAUCCCGAGGGAAAAGUAACCAAGCGAAAACAAGAUGAUGAAAGUUCUGGAAGCAAAAGGCCCAAGGUGGAAUUGUCCGAAGAGGAGCUGAAGGCCCACGUCAGCAAGGGCACGCUGGGUAAGCUCACUGUGCCUGCACUGAAGGAAGCCUGCAGGAUGUACGGGCUGAAGGGCGGGCUGAAGAAGCAGGAGCUGCUGGAUGUCCUCACCAAGCACUUCCAGAAGGCUUGACCAGAGAGCAUACAGCCGGCCACCCUUCCACAGUGUAGCCAAGCUGCCCGGUUUUGUUUUUAUCAAGUCAAAACCUUUCUUCUCCUGAUCCAGGAAGAGUCUGUGUGACAGAAGUCAAGGACUUUGUUUACGAGACUUUCUGUUGCCAUGGAGACAGUGUUGCCCUCUCACUUUGCUGUGCCUUACUCUAUUGUCUGAAUAAAGAGCCUGACUUUGUACUAUA